UGUCUGCGUCACAACCCGGCAGCUGCGGUGUUAAGUUGAGUCCUCCAGCAGAGUCAACAUUACAGUAAAUACAGCAGCUGCUCGUGUUAGUUUGUGACUUCGUAAAGAAAAGUUAAUCUACAGAAGAGAAACUUGUAGCCCGACCUGUCACCUGCCAGACGGACCGUAAAGCCAAGUAUUGAUCGGUGUCUGGGGGCUAGCUAACUGCUUGUUAGCUAGCAUGCUGCUGUCUCAACACAUCAGACUCCUCUCGGAUUAAUUUCAUCUCGUCAUGACUGAGUUAAGAUGUCGGAAAACAGAGACUUUGGCAGGAGAUGAAGAAGCAGAAAGGCGCCAAAAUGAGCCAGAGCCGCAGACCGAACGUGUGAAUGAGCCGGUGAGCGCAGAGGAUGGGGGGAGUGUGUCCAGCGGUGGAGCAGGUGAUGACCUGCAGCAGAAGGAUGAAGGUGAAGUUAAAGAAGAGGACGGUCUCCAUAAACAGGAAGAAUCAACCAGACCCAGGACAUCUGUCAAAAGAUCCAAGAGUUCUUCUACUUCUGGUUUUCUGCAGCGUCUGUUGAGGGUGUUCCUCGGCUGUUUGGCGGCAGUUGCCUGCGGCAUGCUCUACGCCGUGUAUCUCUCCACAUAUCACGACAGGAAGUUCUGGUUUUCAACUAGACAGGAGCUGGAACGUGAAAUCACCUUCCAAGCAGGAAGUGGGCUCUAUUAUUACUACUACAAGCACAUGCUGGCAGCACCAUCCUUUGAAAGAGGGUUUUAUGAGCUGAUGAUCGAUAACAGGACAGUUUCAGGUCAGACCAUCAAUGCAGUGGAGCGUCUGUCUCUGUAUCCGGAGCUCAUCACAAGCUUCAUAUACAGAGUCACCGGGAGCCAGGACUUCAUGGAGCCGAUCUACUUCUACAUCGGAGCGGUGUUCGGCCUCCAGGCCGUCUACGUCACCGCCCUGUUUGUGUGCAGCUGGGUGAUGAGCGGCACCUGGGUGGCUGGCAUGUUGGCUGUGGCCUGGUAUGUGAUCAACAGACCAGACACAUCCAAAGUGGACCAUGCUGUUCCUCUGCGGGACAACUGGGCUCUGCCGUACUUCUCCUGUCAGGUGGCAGCUCUGACCGGAUUCCUGAGCAACAACAUCAGCUCUGCCACCGAGAUGUUUUGCUAUCUCACCAUGAGUGCCACCACCUUCACCUUCCUCCUGGUCUGGGAACACAGUCACUACGUGCUCUUCAUCCAAGGCCUCUGUCUUUUCCUGCUCGACUCUUUUGACCUGGUGCCGUCACGUAAGAUGGCUGACAUCCACAAAGUGUACCUGAGCUCCUUGUUCCUGGCGUACCUGUUCCAGUUCCAGAACACGACCCUGCUCAGCUCGCCGCUGCUCAGCCUCCUGAUUGGCUCAGUGCUCGCGAGGUACUUCCAGCAAAAGAUGAAGGUGGGUCCUCUGGUGGCCAGAGUGAUGAAGCUCUUCCUACACUUCCACCUGGUCUUCACCACCGGGAUCACCUUCAGUUAUUUAGUCAAGAAACUUCUCCCCGUCAGUGAAGGCGACUUCAUAUUGAAGUUCCUUGAAGUAAAAUUUGGGCUCAACACGACGACCGACUUUGUCACCAACUUCCUCCUGUGCCAAGAGAGUCUCCAGACACCCAGGCAGGAUUUAUUCCUGAGACUGACGCAGGCCUCCGUCCUUCCCUUUUACCUCCUGGUGCUCACGGUCUGCCUGCUGUCCACCCUGCAGACCAUCUACAGGAGACUCAGCGGUCAGCCAAUGAAAACCAACCUCAGACUAGAAGACGGACGAAUAGGAGAGCAGCCUGAGGUCAUCUACCACGUCUUUCACACGUUGCUGUUUGGAGGUCUCACUCUGCUGUUUGAUGGGAUGAAGUAUCUGUGGACGCCGUACGUCUGCAUGUUCACAGCGUUCGGUGUGUGUUCUCCAGACCUCUGGAUGACGGUGUUCAAGUGGCUCAAGCUGAAGUCCAUCCACCCUGUAGUGCUGUCUCUGAUCCUGAGCACGGCAGUUCCCACCAUCAUUGGUUUCAGUUUAUGGAGAGAGUACUGCCCUCGUGUCUUAGCGGAGCUGUCUGAUCUGCAGGAGUUCUACGACCCGGACACAGUGGAGCUGAUCAGCUGGAUCAGGUCUCAGGCUCCGGUGGCGGCUGUGUUUGCUGGAAGCCCUCAGCUGCUGGGAACAGUGAAGCUGUGUUCAGGUUCAGCCGUGACCAGUUUACCACUUUACUCAGACGUCAACCUGCUGAGGAGGAGUGAAGACACUUAUCAGGUGUACGCGAUGAGAUCUGCAGAGGACAUCUACAAGAUCCUGACGUCUCAAAAGACGAACUACGUGAUCAUCGAGGAGUCCAUUUGUACAGAGCUCAGUCUGAAUAAAGGCUGCAGGAUCAAAGACCUGCUCGACAUCUCCAACGGACACGUUGUUUACGACAAAGGAGAGAUCUACUCCUUCGCCAAGCACGGACGCUUCUGCCACGAGAUCAAGAUGAACUACUCUCCCUACACAAACUACUUCACCAGAGUUUUCUGGAACCGCUCGUUCCACGUCUACAAAGUGAACUCUGUCAUCUCGUUCCAGUACUGACAGCUGCUCCUCUCUCUCUCUGUCUCUCUCUCUCUCUCUCUCUCUCUCUGUCUCUCUCUCUGUUUCUCUCUCUGUCUCUCUCUCUCUCUCUCUCUCUCUGUCUCUGUCUCUCUCUGUCUCUGUCUCUCUGUCUCUC